AAAUGAGGUCGGUUGUAGACAAUCUUGUGGACAGUAUAAAGGUUGUCUUUGUUUUAGUUGCAUUUGACUUUGUCCCUCGGACAGAAAGUGCAAUCGGGUAUCAAACACACAAUGUCAUUGUGUUCAAUCAAGGACAACCUGAACAGUACUUGCCUGGCAUCGGCAGAGCACACGGUUUAGAUUCACUCCAUGAUUUAGGUGUUGCCAUUAGACAGGCGGAUACAAAUUCUUCUCACUCUAGAGAUGAUGAGGAAUUCAGGGACAGCUUUCACACACCUCCAGAUUUUGGAGAGCUUUCAAGACUUGAACAUGACCAUACAGAAGUAAGCAGAUACCAGGAAAUACAUCCAGGUAGAACUGGCUUUAUAAGCAUUCGGAGUUUUCCGUUGACUGUCGCUAUUAGAGAAGAAAAUGAAAGUAUGUGUGGCGUAACACAUACUGGAACAGAAGAUGUCCCUGAAUAUCAAGCUCCCAGUAGGGACCAGCUUUGCCUUUCUUUAGAUCAAACUGACUUGAAGGCCAGACGCGUUGAUGAAAACUUGACCAGUAUUGGCCUGACAAUUGUUUCUCAGGAUGGUAAGCAAACUACAAUUGGUAAGAGAAGACCUGAAGUUCAGGCAGUACCAGAUAGCGAUGACCAGGAAGACGGCAGUAUUUCUGGGAUGGCCAGACUUCCCACCUCAGUCUGUGCACAUGGCUCAUCUUUGUCGAAUGACAGUUAUAUAAACGCCAUUAAACAGCAAGAGAGAGUGACAGAGGCAGAAUCUAAUGUUAAGGCCAGAACAAAGACGUUUGACAGGCGAUGGCCACAUAAGCACCUGAAGCCUGACAAGAUGGCUGGAGCUGGCUUUGUGUUUACUGUUUUCUUUUGGAUUUCUGAAAACAGUUUAGCUAAGGCCAGAAACCGGAUAGUAAUUCUACAAAUCGCGACAGAGAUGACAAGAGCGCUAAGCCAAUCAGCGCUCUUCUCUUAUUUGCCGUGUUCGGCUUGA